GAUUUUCUGUUUUGCAUAAUUUUUCACUUUUUUAUUCCUGAUGUUUCUCUCAAAAACUCCAGUUUAGUGGUGUGCAGAACCUACUCUUUUCUCUUCUGGUGGGGUUUCCAGCUCAAUUUCUAAACUGGAAGCUUUUUAACUUGCAUUUUUCUUUAAUCAUUAUUUUUUUUAAAGUGUUAGAUGCCUCCAGGCUCAUUUUUAGUAAAUAAACAGCUGGUGUGGUAUGUCUUCCUCCCUCUGGUUUUCCCACAAGGUCUCCAGCCGUCGGACUGUCUCAUCCUUUUUCCCUUUUUCUGAGUCACUGGGGGCAACAUCUGUGCUGAUGUAAAUGCUAGUGAGUGUGCUGCAUGUGUGUGUGUGUGUGUGGACAUAAACUACAUUCUCCCACACAUUGUUCUGAUAAUUCAGGAAAGCAGAGGUCAGCGUCCUUCAGUCAUAGCCAGCCAGUGGCUUCAUUUGCCAUGUGAAGUAGGAGAACAGCGGCUCUCGGCCGCCAAGUUUCUGGCUGACGUCAACAUCAGCGAUUUUCUGCAUGAAUGCGAUGAGGCAACAUCAAUUCUGGCAGUGGCAAAGAAGAUGUGGACUUUCUCAGCGGAGCUGGGAGGAAGAAGGAAUGAGGAGGUUUCCGUGAAAGAUAUGGAGGGAUAAAAGGAAAUGUCUAAGAAAGUUGUUUUUAGAUGGUUUAUCAGAGGAAAGAUGGGAGCAUUUGAGCAGGAAGAUGUUGGAAGCAAGUUGGAAAGGAAGCUGAAAAAAGUAAGGCUUUGGAUGGCAUAAAGGUGCAGAAAGAAAUCAGAAAGUUCAAGAAAAGAAAUUCUACCCAAAGCAGAAUUUGGUAUGUGAUGUUGGUGGAUCAGAGAAAAGAUAAAAAAGCAAAAAGAGGAGGUUGAGGAGAAAAUGAGAGGUAAGCAGAAGCUUGAAUAAGGCAGGCUGGGCGAAAGAGGCAGAGCUGUAACCAUAAGGCAGUAAAGAAGAAAGUACUGAGCCAGAUGAUAGAAAAGCUCCACAGCAGUAAAUGCCUGAGACGCGGGAUGGAGAGCGAACUUCACUCUAAGAUAAGGAGAUCCAGGAGCAUCUCAUCGCCUCACCAUGAGGAGUUGCAAGAUUGAGGCUAAGGAGGCAUGCGAUUGGCUUCGAGCAGCUGGAUUUCCACAGUACGCACAGCUCUAUGAAGAUUCCCAGUUUCCAAUCGACAUUUCCUCGGUUAAAAGAGACCACGACUUUCUGGACCGAGACCUGGUUGAGCCUUUGUGUCGACGCCUGAAUACUCUGAACAAGUGUUCAUCCAUGAAACUGGAUGUCAGCCAGCCCAAGAAGAAAAGUGAUGAUUCGGAUGAAGAUGAUCCAUUGGCUAUCAGUAAAAGGUGGACGUUCGAGUGGAGCAGUCGACGCUGGUCGCGUCUGCAAGACUUCCUUUUGGACGGCACCAAUGAGAGCGGCUUGACAGGUCAAGGGGAGGGGCUUCGCAGCACAGUGAGCAGCGAGAGUGUGCUGACAGACCUGAGUGAGCAGGAGAUCACGGAGAUCUCCUCUCUCCACAGUGAAGACUCCACCUCUGCCAUGCCAGACUCCAUAUCGAUGGCAUCUCUGUCUGCUUCCUACCAUCCGCCCAGAGAUCUUCCACACUACAACUCCUUGCCGAUCAAAAGUAGCCGCCAUGGACAAGUAGGGCGGAGUAAAGCCAAAGAGUUUCUGCGUCGCAUGGAAAUUGUGCGCACUUGGGGGCCUUCAACUAGAAGGAAGAGCUCAAAUCGAAGGCCCCCAUUGGUCAUCAGUGGACCGGUGUUACAGGGGGAGGAGCCCCGAGCACUUCAGAUGCUUCAGUGCACACCCAUCAGCCAAUUAGAACAAAAUCACCACAACAAUGUUGAUCCUUCUCCUGUCUCGCUCAAUCAGGAUAGCGAGGACCAGGCCACACCGAGUGGGCACUCCAGUAAAGAGGAUGAGUCGCUGAAUGCAGUGGAGCCAGUGGCACCCGCACAACCAAAGCCUCGGGCUGCCAGCAAGAGAAGCAGCAUGUACCUGGAGGAUAUGGAGUUGCCUUCUCAGGGAAAGAGGACUGAAGGCCAGAGCCAGUUUGGUAAAAACCAGUUCCGUUCCUAUGAAAACCUCCUCAUUCACAUCCCUAAAGACCACAAGCCGGGCACUUUUCCUAAAGCCUUAUCCAUAGAAAGCCUGGCUCCCUCCCCCGACGACAGAAACAAUGGUCUGCGAUCACAUGGCCAAACUUCUGCUCCGAAAAAUGGUCCGGGUGAAGGCUGGUGUGUCAAACCUCUAACCAAACCCCCUUGUCCUGGAGCCCCUAGGGGGAGCAGGGUGAGUGUUUACGACAACGUGCCCGGCUCCCACCUGUACGCCAGCACUGGAGACCUUUUAGACUUGGAGAAGGAGGACAACUUGUUUCCUCACCUGGACGACAUUAUCCAGCACGUCAGCGGCCUGCAGCAGAUAGUGGACCACUGGAGUCGCAGUGUGCUGCCCGAGGGGGAGGCGGGGGAGGAGGAAGGGGAGGGCAGGACCACCCCCAGCGAAGGCGAGAAAGACGGGGUGUCCUUCAACGACACAGACUCGACGAGUACAGGUCGAGAGAGGCGGGACUCUGGAGUCGGUGCCUCCCUCACACGACCACGCGUUCGAUGGCCCAGCUUCCGAACCUCUCAUCAUUAUGACCAGCCAGCAUCCUCCCUGCAGAUCAGCAGCCAGUCAGCAGGCCAGCUCAGCUUGCUGCAGAAGUUCUCGUUGCUCCGCCUCACCGCCAUCAUGGAGAAAUACUCCAUGUCAAAUAGACAUGGCUGGCAAUGGUCUGUGCCCAAGUUUAUGAAGCGGAUGAAGGUGCCAGACUACAAAGAGAAAAGUGUGUUUGGAGUCCCCCUCAUCGUCCACGUCCAGCGAUGUGGGUUUCCACUCCCUCUGUGUUUACAACAGGCCUUCAGCCACCUCAGAACACACUGUCUGGACCAGGUGGGACUUUUUCGCAAAUCCGGAGUGAAAUCAAGGAUUCAGGCUUUGAGGCAGCAGUGCGAGUCGUCUCCUGACUUGGUAAACUAUGACGAUCAGUCAGCAUACGACAUUGCUGACAUGGUCAAACAGUUCUUCAGGGACUUGCCCGAACCUCUGCUGACAAGCAAGCUGGGAGAUACCUUCCUCCAUAUAUAUCAGUACGUUCCAAAAGAGCAAAGGAUGCAGGCUGUUCGAGCAGCCAUUCUGCUAAUGCCAGAUGAAAACAGGGAGGUUCUGCAGAUGCUGCUCUACUUCCUGCGGGAUGUCACAUCCUUGGUGGAAGAGAACCAGAUGACACCGAUGAACCUGGCAGUUUGUCUGGGACCAUCCCUCUUUCAUCUCAGCAUAUUAAAGAACGAGACUCUGUCACCAAGGUCAAUCCAGAAGAAGUAUGCUUCGGGUCGUCCCGAUCAGAAAGAUCUGAGUGACAACCUGGCUGCCACUCAGGGGCUCACGCACAUGAUCACAGAGUGCCAGCGUCUCUUCCAGAUUCCAGAGGAGAUGGUGACCCAGUCUCGAAACUCGUACAUGGAGGCUGAGCUGAUGGUGCCACCGCUGGAUGAGCUUUGCAAGACUCAUGAAGAGGAAGCGGUUGAGGAAGUGGAAGACGAGGAUGAAGAGGGAUCCUACCAUGCACAUUUAGAAGGUCUGAUCCAAAACCUGCUGAAAGAGGCCAAAGAUAAGAGCAAAGCCUGGGUGUCCCGCUCAUUCUCUGAUAACACCGAAAUCGCAUCUAAAAAGGUUGAAGACGGUAACCCUCUGAGGCGCUGGCGAGUGUGUGUGGAAGUGUCGGCAGCUCCCACUGAGGUGCUGCAGCGGCUGCUCAAGGAGCGUUCACUGUGGCAGAUGGAUCUGCAGCAGGAGCGGGUUCUGGAGACGCUGGACAGACAGACGGACGUGUAUCAUUUCUCCUGCUGCAGCAUGCCGCCUCAGCCCAGCUGUGACUAUGUGGUACUAAGGUCAUGGCGCACAGACCUGUGUAAAGGCUGUUGCGUGCUGGUGUGUGUCUCUGUGGAGCAUGAAGACGGCCCCCGCUCCGCCGCCAUUAGGGGCGUCGUUUUGGAGUCACAGUACCUCCUGGAGCCCUGCGGGACAGGAAGGACCAGGCUUACCCACAUCUCCAGAGUUGACCUCAGGGGGAGAUCUCCAGAAUGGUACAACAAGGCGUUCGGACACCUUUGUGUAAACGAAGCCCAAAGAAUCCGCGCCUCAUUCCUCUCUUCGGAUGAAACGGGCGCUGAGGCCAAAAAUUGAGUUCCAAAUAUCAACCUAAGCAGCAGGCUACAUUCUUCUCAUGGUGCUGAGCCACACUGGACUGAGUUUGUACACACAACAAGAGUUGAUGCCAUUUUGCUCUACAUCUUUAGCUAACAUCUAUCCUCAACUUUCUCAUGCCAAAACAAACAAUAGAUUGUCAAGGUUUCAAAAGUAGAGUCUCAAACCUUUCUCUGACCUUCAGUGAAGUCAGACGCAGUUUAUGUUUCAAUGGAUAUCAAGGUUUGAGGUCUUCAGAACCGAUGAUCUUCGCAUGAUACACAAUGAAUACACACCUUCUGAUGACAACCCCAGUGGAGGUCACGGAUGGAGCAGGGUUACUCCACAGUCUUCCAUGUCAGCAGCUAUGGCAUCAAUCCACCAUGUUUCACAAACACUUUUUUACUUUUCUUUGUUUGAUCUCCAAAAUAAAAAUGUAGGUAAAGACCCACUCCGAUCACCUUUUGAUCCAUUGUCAAACCGUUCCCAGUGGUCUUUUAAUUAUGAUUGGGCAGUUUGUAGCCCAAAUCAAAAAACAUGUUUCGCUUUCUAGGACAUAGUUUCUGCAGAGCAACAGGAUUUUAGUAGAAACACAUCUUUAGAGUUGUGGGCGGGACUGUAGGCGCAGAGCAUCUGCACCCUUCUUCCCUUCGUCAUUGCUAACAGCUUGGAACAGGGAAGUAGUGGCCUUCCCAGCAUGUUUUCUACGUCACAAAUAGGCUCUUUUUUUUAUGGCAUUAUCGCGUCUGCUCCUGAUUCACAAUUAUUUGAAUAGAUAAAUACUCUAAAAUGCAGAUAAAUCUUAAUUUUGUUAAUAUAUUUCCUCCAUCGGAAAAUUGCCACAAGAACAAGUUAAACACCAAAAACAUAUUUUUUUUCUGAGUGGGUUUUUAAAAACUUGGUAUAAUCAGAUUAAAAAUAAACACGGGUUUAAAAAGCUGGUCAACGCUUACAUGCCACAACAUGUACAGACGUAUCUAUUAUAUAUUAAGACUAUUGUAAGUAUUAUUUAUAAAAUAACUUAUGGACUUCCAAGCUAUCAGUCAUAGCUCGGCAUAAUUAUUAAUUUCUAAUUGUUGAACAAGUUUUUUUCUUUCAUUUAUUAUACAAGCAGUUGGCAUCUUACCUCGCAUUAUUAUACAUUUUUCCCCUUUUUUAUUUAUGAAAAAAAAAGAAAUCCUAUUAUUUUUUCAGUAUCUUUGACAAAAAAAAAAAUUCAAGGAAAAAUGAACUAAACCAUAAAAAAUAGAUCACUUUUUACAAUAGUAUGUAUUUUGUUUUUACAUAUUUAAAUUAUGACAUCAUCUGCCUGGAAUUUCAAUGCCACUUGCACAAUCACAAUGCAAUUAAAAAGCAGUUUAAACAGAAAUAAAAAAUAAAAUUGUAAUUUUACCUGUCCUGCAAAAGAUGACAAGUCUGACUGAUGCUAUUUAUGUUUUAGUUUAUGAACUUACAAAACGUGAAUAAUAUACAAGUGUUUUGCGAUAUGUGUCUGCACAUAUCCACAUUUAUAGAGUGCACUUAUGCAGCAAAUAACACAAAAAAUAGUUCAAAUGCUCAAGAGACAAAUAUCAGUGCGUCCAGGAUAUGUAAUAUCAAAGCUUUUUUGUUUCAGGAAAAAUGAGGGAUCGGAAUCAGAAAUCACCGGGUCCAUAAACGUGCUUUAAAGCUCAUUUAUUUUCUAGUUCCUGUUUCUGGUGUUGAUCUUAUACUAGUGAAUGAGGUGUUGCUUUAAAAUUGUUGUCAGUAUAUGUCUGUAUGUGGGGGUUCAUGUUGUUUUUCCUUUUCUCUUUGGUGUUCUGUUAUAUAAUGUCUAGGACAUGUGACUAUUUCACUGCUUCUGGGAAGCGUGUUUGAAAUUAAGGAUGAGUGCAUGGUUGUGCCCCUGUAUCUGCACUUCAUGUAUGGCCUGUACUGUAAAGAUCUGCAGCGCUCUCUGUGCCAUCACAGUUUUCAGGGUCUUCUUAUCAUAUUGAUAUGCUGAAAUGUGAAUCUCUCACCCACCAUCCUUAUGAAGCAAUAGCAGAUUACAGCUUGCUCUGUUGUGGCCCUGCCUAGGCUCUUGUUGUUGUUGUUUUUUUCCGGGUGUUGCCAGCAUUGCCACGGCGUUGCUGUGCCCUAAUAUCUGAACAGUGCCACCAUAAUCCUGCAUGGAUGCCUUUUGCAGGGGAGCUGUGUGUAUGCGAGCGUAAAUAUGUUUGUAGGAGUGCAGAUAAUAGUGAGUGACUCUGACAAGUGAGCUCUACAUGUCUGGAGAGGCUCCAAAUGCAGCUGAGAGCAGGGCGACUCGUGCUUUUUAGAUCUGCCAAAGUAAGAAAAAGGUUAAACUUUUGUUUUUACAGAAGAAAAUAAAAAAAUCUCAGUAAUG